AUGUCGAUUUGGUUGGAAGCACGCCGCAAUGAGCGCCAGAUCCGUCGGAUGCAAAUUGAUGGCAACCGGCGUGCAGAAAAAAGGAAAACUUUUUACGAUAGCAUUCGAAAAGAUCCCGCACAGUUCAUGCAGAUUCAUGGGCGAGCGUAUAAAAUACACACCGAUAAAGCGAUUGCACGUGCUGCUGAAGAGAAAAAUAUCAUGCGCCCUUGGACGGUUGACCGAUCAAUAAUGAUUGAUCGUUUUGAUGUACGAGCCAAUUUGGACUAUUUUACCGAAGCUAAACGAACAAAAUUGGAGGAGGAGAGCACCGAGGAAAAAGAAGAAAUCGUAUGCGAUUUUGAGCGCUUUCGCAUUCCUAUAAUCAACACCUGCCGCCACGUCGAUGAAACUACAUACCUGCAGAAAAUUGCGCAAGCAGAAUAUUGGACGGAACGCGAAACAAAGGCAAUGAAUAUUCAAAAAGAGGAGAGGGAGAGGAAAAAGCAAAUUUCCGAAACGAAAGCAUCGUAUCACUUCAACUAUGGUGAUUCCGAGGUAGUACCCGGAAAGGACACCAAUGAUGAAGGAAAUCAUGAUGACGAGCCAGAGCAAGAUUUUCAGGCAAUGGAGGACUUAGACGCAGACUUUGAUGUAGAGAGACUAGAUGCCGAAUCGAUUCGUCGGGCUAAUAAAUGUGGUGAAGCUUACGGGAUCAAGCGAUCCUUGUUUGUCAAUAUGCUCCAAGCGGAUCAAUUGGCUGCGCGGAAUGCUGCCGAACUUCGUAGUAUCGAGAGGCAAAAGCUUGCAUUAACUGGAAGGGAAAGCAAGCACGAGAGGAUUGCGCUCAGGAAAAGGAAGCACCAAUUAUUGGGAGGAAAAAAUCUCAAGGAGGAUGCGGCCACAACAAGUUUAUUAAGCUUUGUCCAAGCAAAAGAUCAAGAAGACGAGAGGGCAAAGCAGCUUCUAGCCAAAGUGGAGGAAACGAGCUCAUCAUCCUCUGAAGAUGAAUCACGACCCAUUUUUAUCAGUUCUUUUGGCAAUGUGGACAUCAAAUUCGAGGAAGAUGAGCCCUUAAAAAAAUACGUUCAGGGUCCGGAAUUGCCAAGCGAGCAGUUCCGGAAAAUAUUGGAAAUGCGCCAUCGCGAAGAUAGCCCAGAAAUUUUGCCUUCAGAAGAGCGGCAAGCCUCGAGCUCCAGAGCGCCUAGAGCUCGGAGCAAGUCGCAAGAGCGCCAGGGUCGUCGAUGGAAGAGG